AUGGUUUUCUAUUGCGAAAUAAUAAGAUUUGAUCAUUCUAAAGCGAAAGGGAUUGAAAAAGUGCUCAAAUCGUUGAAAAUCAGUGAUGAAGAAUUGGUUAAAGUUAUGCAAAUAUUGGAGAUGGAAAUGGAGUUUGGUCUUAAUCCUUCUACACACAAAAAUGCUGUCGUUAAAAUGUAUCCAACAUACGUGCGACAUAUCAGUGACGGAACAGAACUUGGUCAAAUUUUAGCAUUGGAUCUCGGUGGAACAAAUUUUCGUAUUUUAUUAAUUAAUUUACUUGGACAUGGUCGUAUCGAUAUUCAAUCAAAAAUAUUUCUUAUCCCACAAAGUCUUGCGUCGGCUCGUCUGACACAAUGGACGAAAGGAUUUAGCUGUGCAAAUGUUGUGAAUGAAGAUGUUGUUAAAUUGCUUCAAACAGCGAUAAAUGAUAAGGACUUAAAUGUUGAUUGUGUUGCUUUGGUGAACGAUACUGUUGGCACAUUGAUGGCUUGUGCAUACCAAGAUCCACACACAUCUGUUGGUUUAAUAUUAGGGACAGGAACGAAUGCAUGUUAUAUGGAGCAAUUGGACAAAGUUGGAACGUGGGAUGGAGAUUAUAACGAACCAAAACAAACAAUUAUAAAUAUGGAGUGGGGUGCAUUUGGUGAUAAUGGAAGACUGAAUCAUAUACGAACAAAAUAUGACGAAGAAGUCGAUUUAUCUUCGAUGAAUCCGUCAAAACAACUAUUUGAAAAAAUGAUUAGUGGAAUGUAUAUGGGUGAAAUUGUUCGAUUAAUUAUAAUUGACUUGAUGCAACAAGAACUACUGUUUUUGGGUCAUAAUCAAGGUUAUGGCGAUUAUAAUGCCCCACUAUAUUCACGAGGUGGUUUUUAUACAAAAUAUGUUUCAACUGUAGAAACCGAUGAAGGAAUUGGAUUUAGUAAUACACGACGAGUAUUAGAGGAUAUGGGUAUUAGAAAUCCGACUUUUGAUGAUUGUGCUAUUGUUCAACAUAUUUGUCGCAAUGUAUCAAAACGGGCCGCUCGGUUAGCUGGAGCAGCUGUUUUAAUUAAUCGAAUUAAUAAACCGGUGAUUACUGUUGGUGUUGAUGGUUCGUUAUAUCGAUAUCAUCCUCGCUUUAAACGAAAUAUGGAAAAAUGUAUGCAAACACUUGUCAAUGAGAAUAUCAAGUUUAAACUAGCAUUAUCGGAUGAUGGAUCUGGAAAAGGAGCAGCUCUAGUCGCAGCAGUGGCAGAUUGUUUGGCUCGUCCAAAAUUAUCAUUACAUCGAGAAAAUGAAGAUAUGAUUUAA